AUGGACGUGGCUUUAGGUAAGUACAGUCGCAGCGUCAACGUUUUCAACUGGGCGACCAGAGAAAAAGUGCAGACUAUAAAGCUAGGCUUGCCGGAGGGAUCGAUGCCGUUUGAGAUUCGCUUCCCACACGACCCAAAUCGGCCGGACGCGUUUUUCUGUACCGCACUUGGGUCCUCAAUUUAUCGCAUGACCCCGAAGGAAAAGGGCUCCCUGCAAUACGAAGCCACUUGCCUCAUAAAAAUCCCACUAUUGAGCGUCUCCAACUGGGACCUCCCAUUAAUGCCUGCGUUUGUCACGGAUUUACUUUUGAGCAUGGAUGAUCGAUUCCUCUAUUUCACAACUUACCUCCACGGAGACGUUCGACAGUAUGAUAUCAGCGAUCCGGAAAAUCCAAAACUGACCGGACAGGUUUAUCCA